AUGAGCCGUUUGGCUGCAAUUACGCUAUUUCUUACAUUCAUUUGGGCGACAAGUGGUGAAAACAGUGGCGUGCAGUGGCCGCCGGGGGCUUAUUGUUUGUUGGCGCACGAGGACGGGUGCCCGGAAGGCUUCAGUCAAAGGUCGAUACAGCUGGCAGUGCCUAAGGUUGUCCAGCCGGGCGAUACGUACGAAGACGAGACGCGCAACACCACCGAACAUUUUAUUAAAUACGGCAAGGUCGGGGCGACGACGUUACAGAUCCACGAUUGGGACCAGGCGUAUCGGCUGAUGAUUGUCGGAUGUUGCAAGGAUGCGAGC